ACACACAGGAGAAAGAAAGACAAAACGAGCAAAGAAGCUGCCCUCAAUGAACCCUCGGAUGCCAAGAAACAGAUACGAAGCGUCGCCGACGUUACCAACUGGAGAAACUAAGCGCAGCGGCCAAGAAACAUGGAAGGGGACUUCGCUUGAGGAGAACCGAGGAAGCAAAACACGGCAGCGCCAGACCCACCGCACGGAAGUUUAGUAAUAUUAUAUUCGCGCAAAAUUUAAACAAAUCUCUAAUUAUUCAAAUCUCCUCUCUCGUUUCCUUCACUAUAUACAGAAAUCCUUGCAAAGGUCAAAAAUGGCAACAGGAUAUUCAAAAUCGCCAUUGGAGCUUCUCAACAGUUCCCACCAAUCCAAAGUGCUGAAAGCCGCCAUUUUCUCGAGAUUUGUUCUUUUAAUCCUUUCUAUCUUAUGGCGCACCCUUCUCGCCCCUUACGACACCUCCGCGCCUCUCAACCCAACUUGCCUCCAUAAUCCUUCUCCCCCUCUUCCUUCACCUCUUCUCCCUUCUCUCGGUUCUGCCAUCGAGAAAGGUGUCGUUUGGGACAGCGUUUAUUUCGUCCGGAUCGCUCAGUGCGGGUAUGAAUACGAGCAGUUCUACGCGUUUCUGCCCUUAUUGCCGGCUUGUAUGUUUGUCUUUUCGCAAACAGUUUUCGCGCCAUUGGUUCCACUUAUCGAUUAUAGGGCAGUGUUGGCGUUGUCUGGUUAUGUUGUUUGCAAUGUGGCGUUUAUUUUCACGGCCAUGUACUUUUACAGGCUUUCAGUUAUUAUUUUGAAGGACCCCAGUGCUGCAUUGCAGGCUUCCGUUUUGUUUUGCUUUAAUCCAGCGUCCAUAUUCUACUCAUCAAUAUAUUCCGAGAGCUUGUAUGCCUUGUUUUCAGUUGGUGGAUGCUACUAUUUAGUAUCUCGUGCAAAUAAUAUUGCGGUGCUUUGGCUUGCUCUUUCCGGUUUUGCAAGAUCUAAUGGAGUUCUCAAUGCUGGUUAUUUUGGGUUUCAGGCAAUGCAUCAGGCUUAUGAUGCUUUUUAUCUGAAAAAGAGUGCUUUUUUGGCAUUGUGGAUUCUUAUAAGUGGAGCACUGCGUUGUAUCUGCAUUUUUGUUCCCUUUAUUACUUUUCAAGCAUAUGGCUACUACAAUAUGUGCCUAGGACGUUCUUCCGAUGAAAUGAGGCCUUGGUGUAAAGCAAGAAUACCUUUGCUAUACAAUUACAUUCAAAGUCAUUAUUGGGGAGUGGGAUUCUUGAGAUACUUCAAAUUUAAACAACUGCCAAACUUUCUAUUGGCAUCUCCAAUACUGUCUUUGGCAGUUUGUUCAAUCAUCUAUUAUGUGAAGUCAAGACCUGAAAUAGUUCGAUCAUUGGGUUUUCAAGCUUCAGUUGAGGAGAAAAGUUCCAUGGCAGUAAUUUUUUCUUCUCAGAAACCACAAAGAUCAAACGACACCCAAUUUUCAGAGAAAUAUUCUUCUAGGAAUCAAGGAAAUCAUAAUCUUAAAUCGAGGAAGAAAAUAAGCCAAGGAAAGGAUCUUGCCGAGGGCAGAACGGUUCAUGGAUCAUUAGAGAAACUAGGAUAUACAUCUGCUUUCGUUCUCCCAUUUAUCCUACAGGUUGGCUUCAUGGCAGCUACAGCAUUUUUUGUGAUGCAUGUCCAGGUGGCAACACGUUUCUUGUCAGCCAGUCCGUCUCUAUAUUGGUUUGCUUCGUUAAUAAUGACAUCUCAUAAGAAAUGGGGAUAUGUGAUAUGGGUAUAUUGUUUUGCUUAUAUCCUUCUCGGCAGCUUGCUCUUUUCGAAUUUCUACCCUUUCACUUAAUUAUGGGAUGCGUGGGAGGAUUUAUGAUAAUAGCAUGGUUAGAUAAUUAUAUUAUGUAUUUGCCUAAGUUCCCAUUGAAUUAAAUUCUUGUAGUUUUGUUAACCAGGGAAAAUAUAUUCUCAUCUAUUUAUUUCAUUCACAAGAUUGUUUUGGA